CUGCCGUGCUAUGGUUUGACUGGAAAUAACGACUAAACCGUUACCAUAGCACAGUGUACGGAGUGCGGCAUACACGAGAAAUACGAGAGAGAGAGACCUUUGAAAUCACAGUCGUGAUCAAUAACCGCAUCCAGCAAUCUGACUGACACGAAUUUGCUGCAACGCCACUAAGCAGCAAUGUCUGCAUUUCCAUCCAGGUCGCUCCCAUCGCACGUGCGACAGCCCUCUCUCUCUGCUCAUGGCGGGGGCCAAUCUCCCGCCCUGGUGGCGCGGGUGAAUGAGAAGAAGGCCGAGCUGGAGAAUCUCAAAGAGCUUCGCGAUCUCAGCGCGGCAGUCGCAUCGCAGAUGGAGGCUCUCGAACAGAAGCUGGCCACUCUCUCGGACGGGACGGAAGCCAUUGCCUUGGUGCUAAGCAACUGGCAUAAUGUGCUGAGGGCAAUCAACAUGGCAUCGGCGAAAAUCCCCAAACCUACGGACGAGCCGGCCCAUGAAGAUGAGGGAGAUGAGGUGCCUCUUCCCCAGACUCUUGUUCGGAUUCCCACAGAACAUGCUCCUACGCUGCAUGCGCACACAGACGGGGCGGCCGAGGGAGAAUCGGGGUGAGCAGAGGUCGGAAGCCCCUCCACGGUGCCUGGUCCCCCGAAAGCAGCCACGCUGUGGAGAGAAAGGACGGCGGAGGUUGCACCAAAUAUCCCCCCCAACGAAGCGCCACCCACCUUACAAGUGAAGGUUACCUACGUUACCUACACUGUGGUAAUCAAUUUGGCAAAGCCU